GAGAAUGUGGUAGUGCUCAGACUCCCCUCCUCCAGCAGCAGGAUCAAGUGGAGGAGCAGUAUCCAAUCACAAGCCCUGUUUUGCAGGUUGUGAAGUUAGGCCAGGUGUUAACAAUGGCUGAAGAUGGCAAUGAGGAGAUCAUGUUUAUCUGGUGUGAAGACUGUAGCCAGUACCACGACUCAGAGUGUCCUGAACUGGGUCCUGUGGUCAUGGUCAAGGACUCCUUUGUACUGAGCAGGGCAAGGUCCUCCCUCCCCUCUAACCUGGAGAUCAGACGCCUGGAUGACGGGGCUGAAGGUGUGUUUGCGGUGACCCAGCUAGUCAAGCGCACACAGUUUGGUCCAUUUGAGUCCAGGAGGGUCGCGAAGUGGGAGAAAGAGUCUGCGUUUCCCCUGAAGGUAUUCCAGAAGGACGGACAUCCUGUGUGCUUUGACACUUCCAACGAAGAUGAUUGCAAUUGGAUGAUGCUGGUGCGACCAGCACUAGAGCCUGGGCACCAGAACCUGACAGCCUACCAGCACGGCAGUGAUGUGUAUUUCACCACCUCGAGGGAUAUUCCUGCAGGCACUGAACUCCGUGUGUGGUAUGCUGCCUUUUAUGCCAAGAAGAUGGACAAGCCCAUGCUGAAGCAGGCCUGCUCUAGCAUCCAGGCUACAGGCACCCCUGAGCCCAGUGUCCCCGCAGAACCUGAGCGUGGCCAGUGGGUGUGUAAGGUGUGUUCCAGCACCUUCCUGGAGCUUCAGCUCCUGAAUGAGCAUCUCCUGGGCCACCUGGAGCAAACCAAAAGCCUUCCUGCAGGAGGCCAGCAGCAUGAGGCAGCUUCUGAGAAGGAGCCUGAUGCACCCAGAAGGGAGCCUCCCACCGCGGCUGAGAGCAAGAGCAUCCAGAGUGUCGUGGCCACCAAAGAGCCAAAGAAAAAGCCUCGAAGAGGGAGGAAACCAAAAGCAUCCAAGGUUGAGCAGCCUCUGGUCGUUAUCAAAGACAAGGAGCCUGCAGAGCACGUGGCAGAGAUCAUUACCGAAAUACCCCCAGAUGAGCCUGUGAGUGCACCGCCAGACGAACGGAUAAUGGAGUUAGUCUUGGGGAAGCUGGCCACCCCCACAAAUGAAGUCAGCUCAGUGCCAAAGUUCACACAUCAUCCAAGCAGCACCAUUGCCCUCAAGAGGGGCUUGGUUCUGUCCAGCAGACAUGGCGUCAGGCGGAAGCUCGUACGGCAGCUGGGUGAGCAUAAACGAAUCCAUCAGUGUGGCACCUGCAGCAAGGUCUUCCAGAAUAGCAGCAACCUGAGCCGGCACGUGCGCUCGCACGGUGAGUGCGUGCACGGUGACAAGCUGUUUAAAUGUGAGGAAUGUUCAAAGCUGUUCAGCCGUAAGGAAAGUCUAAAGCAACAUGUCUCCUACAAGCACAGCCGGAAUGAGGUGGAUGGUGAGUACCGCUAUCGCUGUGGCAGCUGUGGGAAGACCUUCCGCAUGGAGAGUGCCUUGGAGUUCCACAACUGUAGGACAGAUGACAAGACGUUCCAAUGUGAGAUGUGUUUCAGAUUCUUCUCCACCAACAGCAACCUCUCCAAGCACAAGAAGAAACACGGGGACAAGAAGUUUGCCUGUGAGGUCUGCAGUAAGAUGUUCUACCGCAAGGAUGUCAUGCUGGACCACCAGAGGCGACACCUGGAUGGUGUGCGGCGUGUGAAGAGAGAAGACCUGGAAGCCAGCGGGGAAAGCCUGGUUCGUUAUAAAAAAGAGCCUUCUGGAUGCCCAGUGUGUGGCAAGGUGUUCUCUUGCCGGAGCAACAUGAACAAACACCUGCUGACCCAUGGUGACAAGAAGUACACCUGCGAGAUCUGCGGGCGCAAGUUCUUCCGAGUGGACGUACUCAGGGACCACAUCCACGUCCACUUCAAGGACAUCGCACUGAUGGACGACCACCAGCGGGAGGAGUUCAUUGGCAAGAUCGGGAUCUCCUCGGAGGAGAACGAUGACAACUCUGAUGAGAGCGCGGACUCCGAGCCGCACAAAUACAGCUGCAAGAGGUGCCAGCUCACCUUCGGCCGUGGGAAGGAGUACCUAAAGCACAUCAUGGAGGUCCACAAGGAGAAAGGCCAUGGCUGCAGCAUCUGUCACCGACGCUUUGCACUCAAAGCCACCUACCAUGCCCACAUGGUCAUCCACCGAGAGAAUCUGCCUGACCCCAACGUGCAGAAGUACAUUCAUCCCUGUGAGAUCUGUGGGCGGAUCUUCAACAGCAUCGGGAACUUGGAGCGCCAUAAACUCAUCCACACAGGUGUGAAAAGCCAUGCUUGUGAGCAGUGUGGAAAGUCCUUUGCCAGGAAAGAUAUGCUGAAGGAGCACAUGCGUGUGCAUGACAACAUCCGAGAGUACCUGUGUGCCGAGUGUGGGAAAGGCAUGAAGACGAAGCAUGCACUGCGCCACCACAUGAAGCUGCAUAAGGGUAUCAAGGAGUACGAGUGCAAAGAAUGUCACCGCAAGUUCGCCCAGAAGGUCAACAUGCUGAAGCACUACAAGCGGCACACAGGAAUUAAAGACUUCAUGUGCGAGUUGUGUGGGAAGACAUUCAGCGAGAGGAACACCAUGGAGACCCACAAGCUCAUCCACACAGUGGGCAAGCAGUGGACUUGUUCCGUGUGUGACAAGAAGUACGUCACAGAGUACAUGCUGCAGAAACAUGUCCAGCUCACCCACGACAAGGUGGAAGCACAGAGCUGCCAGCUGUGUGGCACCAAGGUGUCCACCCGGGCCUCCAUGAGCAGACACAUGCGGCGCAAGCACCCUGAGGUCCUUGCUGUGCGGAUUGACGAUCUGGACCACCUCCCUGAGACCACCACCGUCGAUGCCUCCUCCAUCGGCAUUGUCCAGCCUGCACUGGGCCUGGAGCAGGAGGAGCUGGCAGAAGGGAAACAUGGGAAGGCUGCCAAGCGCAGCCACAAGAGAAAGCAGAAACCAGAUGAGGAGGCGGGGGCUCCAGUGCCCGAGGACACCACCUUCAGCGAAUACCCCGAAAAGGAACCAGAGUUCACAGGCAGUGUGGGUGAUGAGACGAAUUCUGCUGUGCAGAGCAUCCAGCAGGUGGUGGUGACCCUAGGGGACCCCAAUGUGACUGCUCCAUCAAGCUCUGUUGGCCUGACCAACAUCACCGUGACCCCCAUCACCACUACAGCUGGAACUCAGUUUACCAAUCUACAGCCAGUGGCUGUCGGACACCUUACCAACCCUGAACGCCAGCUACAGCUGGACAACUCCAUCCUGACUGUGACCUUUGACACAGUCAGUGGCUCCGCCAUGUUGCACAACCGCCAAAAUGAUGUCCAGAUCCACCCACAGCCAGAAGCCUCCAACCCUCAGUCAGUGGCCCACUUCAUCAAUCUCACCACACUGGUGAACUCCAUCACCCCCCUGGGGAACCAACUUAGUGAGCAGCAUCCACUCACAUGGCGGGCCGUGCCCCCGACGGACGUGCUGCAGCCACCACAGGCUCCUGCAGCCCCGCCGCAGGCAGUGCAACCCCAGGUACAAAAUGAACAGCAGCAGAUGUACAGCUACUGAUCAUGCAGCUGCAGCACGGCUGCGCUUCAGGCUCUGAAGCCUAGAGGGUUAUUUGCUGGGUACCAGACAGGAGGAGUAUGCACAUGUCAGGAUCUCCGAGGUUGGGCUAGCGCUGCAAAGUUACUCCCUUAGCCGGUGACGUGGCCUUUGACCGGCAGGAGCUUAAAGCACUUUGGAGUUCCACCAUGUGCUUCCCUAAGGUGGUGCUGUCUGGCCAGACCACAGUGUCUCCCUCAGAGGUCUGUAAUUGUCAUGGGGCUCAGGGACACAGAUAGCAGGGUCCUAGAAGUAGGUGUGAUAUCCCAAGGACCAGGGAGAUUUGAUCUGUUUUCUUUAGCACUCCAGUGAUGAUACAGAAACAUGGCUAGCCUUCUCAGGCAACACACAGAAGUAAACCCAGGUUUCUCCUUGCUCCUGAAUUCACAAGCAGGGACAAAGAAGUCUAGUAGCUCUUUCUCUGAAGUCUCAAUUUGUUUGUCACAGGGCUGUGACCUGAGGCCUUGUAUGAGAAGUUUCAUGACCUUCAUGGGAGGCCCUUAGGUCAGGCACAAAAAGCAUCUUGGGAACAGUCUGUUCAUUUUAUUUCAUAACCACUUUAUGUAUUAUGGCCCUCGUGGCCAAUAUUGAUUUAUUUUAAUAUGAUAAAGUCGUUUGCACUGUAGGGUGUUGGUCCCUGUCUUGUGCACAGGUGCCUUGUGUGAGGGCACACACAGUUGUGUGCAAAAAGAACCCUCAUGCUCAAAUCCUAAUGCUCCUCCAGAGCCAUCUCAGGACUCUGCCAUCCAAACAUAUGUAUUACAUUGCAGCUUAGCCACACCCCUGAAUGGAGGAUGGGGAGUGAACUCAUGUUUUCUUUCUGUGUAAGCCUUAAUUCCAAAGGUGUUUGUGUCUGAAGACCAAUUUCCUAUGAAAUGGAGGAGUUCAGCUCUACAGGAGAGAAGUGUAGCUAGAGAUUUAAGAAACCCAGAGAGGUGUGAGCAGGUGAGAGCAGAAGAGGUUAUCAUGACAGUGAAGGUAAGCUGGCCACACCCAGCUCUGGGGAGACAUGGCAGCACCUGUACCAUCCCAGUGGCAAUAGAUCAGGCUGUCAUCAUGGUGUCCACAGUCCCAGCACAGGGACGCAAAGAGAGAAGGUGAGAGGAGAGGAGUCUGGUCUUGCUCUUCUUAUCAGUUUUUAAUAUCAUACAAAGAAGAGGUUGAAGACAAACUUGCCUUACUUUGUCCUUGGUCCCGUGUGUCCUGGUUAUAGCCAGAUGUGGGCAGCCACCCUGCAGAGACCCUGGCAGCUAACCAGCAGGGCAAAGGAAGCUGCAGUCAGCCUGGUGUCAGACGAGAUGCCACUUUCUCAGCAUCUCCUUCCAGAGAGCAAGCUUUGAGGAUAGGGUUGGAACUUUGUUAUACAGUUGGAGCCUAAGGAAGAGAUGGCACUCAGACGGGUCCUGCUGGUCUGGGGAUUUCUUAACCCACACCCUCUCAAUCCACACAGGCCAGUCUCACCUCUCAGUUGUUGGUGUGGUGGGAAAUUCUUGGACUGCUUAAUUUAUGACAGUUAUUUUUAUGUUAUUUAUGUGUGUAAUUAACUGCUUUGUAUACAGUACCCUUAUCAGAUGAACUUGGGCGAGGGGUAAACUGUUUUCUAAAAUAUUGCCUUCAUUUUCCAAAUAAAUAUAACUAGUCUAGGAAACCACGGAAGCAGUGGGCAGUCCACAGUUCCUAUACUAUUUUUUUAAAAAUUGAGCCACAAUUCCUCUUUGCCUUUACAGCCUCUCAAAGAUGAACAAGCUGAGCCAAACGACCAUUGAGCUCAAUCAAACACUUACUAACAUUUGGCUUUUAUUCCCUUCCCUAAGAAAUAAAGACUUUUGAAAUCACA